AUGUCCUACUAUCCCGGCCAAGGCCACCACGGGCAGGGCCACCACGGAGGCGGCGGAGGAUACGAAGGCGGCGGCGGUGGUGGUUAUGGAGGCGGCGGCGGUGGUUAUGGAGGAGGCGGCGGCUAUGGAGGAGGUGGUGAUCACCAAGGAGGUGGCUACGGAGGUCACCAAGGAGGUGGUUACGGAGGAGGUGGUGGUGGUUACGGAGGAGGAGGUGGUGGCUACGGCGGCGGCGGCGGCUACGCUCCUCCUCCCGGCCCUCCUCCCUCCGGGUAUGGUCCUCCUCCUGGGCCUCCUCCUCAGAACUGGGGGGGCGGCGGCGGCGGCGGAUAUAACCAGUACCAGGCUCCCUCCCACGGCCCUCCUCAGCAUCUCGACGCCUACGGCCAUCCUCUCCAGCACUCGAACUAUGCGUCCCACGCCCGCUCCGGUCCUCCCCCGCCGUCAGUUCCCCAGCAGUUCGGCCACGGCGCCCCCGAAGGCUAUACUUUCCAGUACUCCAACUGUACCGGCCGUCGCAAGGCUCUGCUCAUCGGCAUCAACUACUUUGGCCAGGAUGGCGAGCUGCGCGGCUGCAUCAACGAUGUCCACAAUGUCUCUGCCUUCCUCAUCGAGCGGUACGGCUACAAGCGCGAGGACAUGGUCAUCUUGACCGACGACCAGUCCAACCCCGUCAUGCAGCCUACAAGGGACAACAUCAUCCGCGCCAUGGGCUGGCUCGUUAAGAACGCCCAGCCCAACGAUGCCCUCUUCCUCCACUACUCCGGACACGGCGGACAGACCGAAGACGAGGACGGCGACGAAGACGAUGGCUACGACGAAGUUAUCUACCCGGUCGACUUUAAGAACAAAGGCCACAUCGUUGACGACGAGAUUCACUUCUACGUGGUCAAGCCUCUCCAGCAGGGUGUCCGUUUGACGGCCAUCUUCGACUCGUGCCACUCGGCCACGGUCAUGGACCUUCCUUACGUCUACUCCACCAAGGGUGUCCUGAAGGAACCCAACCUGGCCAAGGAAGCUGGCCAGGGCCUGCUGAGUGCCUUCACCUCCUACGCCUCUGGUGAUGUGGGAGGCGCGGCAAGCUCCAUCUUUAACCUCGCAAAGUCGGCCUUUACUGGCGAUGCUGCCUACGAGAAGACAAAGGACACGCGAACCUCCCCUGCUGAUGUCAUCAUGUGGUCCGGCAGCAAGGAUGACCAGACAUCCGCCGAUGCCACGAUUAACGCCCAGGCUACCGGUGCCAUGUCUUGGGCCUUCAUCUCGGCCAUCAAGGCAAACCCCCAGCAGAGCUAUGUUGAGCUUCUGAACAGCGUCCGUGAGAUUUUGGAGACCAAGUACACCCAGAAGCCUCAGCUGUCGUGCAGUCACCCCCUUGAUGUCGAUCUCAUGUUUGUCAUGUAG